AUGGCAGCGGGCAUGGAGGAGGGAGACGCUCACAUGGAGGAGCUGGUGGACCACGGUCUGGGGAUGGAGGAGACGGCCCACGGCCUGCUGAGGAGGCCCUCGCUGAAGGAGAUCUACCACAGCGACUCCCUGCUGGCGCCCGACACUGACUUCAUGACAGAUGAACGAGAUGUUUACUGUCGGCCCACACAGGUUUAUUACUGCUGUUUCCUCUCUGUGUCUCCAUCUCUCAUAGCGGACAUGGGGCUUAUGUGUGGGGGCGGGGUCAAAGAGGCUCAUGGACACCGGCCAGUGGAUCAGCAUCACAUGGAGGGAGAGCCGGCCUGUCUGAGUGGAGCCAGAGGAGGGAAGAGGAGCGAGAGGUUGUGCUCAAGAGAGGAGAGGAAGAGGAGGAAGACGUCUGGAGUGAUGGAGGAAGGCCGGACCAUCCAGCAGAGACCCUCCGACCGCUCAUCAGGGUCCACUGUCUCCCACGAUGACCGAAGCUCGGCGGCCAGCGGCCUGGAUGUGGGUGACCGGCUGACCUACCUGGAGCAGAGGAUGCAGAUGCAGGAAGAUGAAAUCCAGCUGCUGAAGAUGGCUCUGGCUGACGUCCUCAAGAGGCUCAACAUCUCUGAGGAGCACCACGCGGCUGCUGCCUCCGCUGGUAGCAGGAGAUCAUCGGGCGCUAAAGCCAGGCCGGUGUCUCUCGCUCUGCCCUCCAGACCGCCCAUGAUGACCCCCAGCGCCGCCGCCGCCCUGAAGAAGACCUCCACGCUGCCCUCUAGCUCCACAGCCAGGAACUACAGUCCAACUCCACCGCUCAGUAGCGUGAGGAGCCCACCAGGUAGUGUGAAGGACAGUCCAUGCAAGACCACCAAGCGACCCACCUCUGCAGCCUCCACCUGCAGGAAACCUCCAGAAAGCAGCAGCAAGUCGAGGGAGGCUGCAGCUACUGUAGGGACAAGACAGGUGACGCACUGCAAAGUGACUAUGCAGAUCUAUCUGAGCCCGCUGGCAAGAAAGACUGGGUCUUCUGAGGCCGCCAAAUCCGCGGCCGACGUGCCUGCCAACGGGCCCGCGGCCGCACCCAACCGACCUCCGGCGAGGGGGGGCAGCAAGCCAGAGGCCAAGAAGUCGACCCCGUCCUUCACCUUAAACCUGCAGAAAACCACGACCAGUCAGAGCGCACCGCAGGAAACAUCCAGCUACAAGGGCCCCCUAAAAUCCCCCAGCCAGUACUUUCAGAUUUGUUACUGAAGCAGAGAUAGAUUUGUUACAAAAAUGUGUCCCUGUUAUCAAGUUUACUGAACACAAACAAAUUACUUAAAGCCUCAAACAAGCACUUGAACAGAAACUGAAAAUAAAGACUCUCUUUCAAUGUUGAAAAAACAAGAAAUAGAUUUUUAACUGGGUGGGAAUGCAUUGCUUAAUCCCUCUGUUGUGCAUCCUGAUUUUGUUGCUUUUUUUUGGUUUGUGCAACAUGAGCAUUUUGAAACAUUUCCAUGUCAACACAGUGUUUUAUGGCAUAAUUAUUUAUUUCAAAAAUAGUACAGUAUGAAAGCUUUAAUGCAUCGUUAGCCUCCUCUGAAUCCUCAGUAGUCAUAGAUCCAUUUCUCACAUGAUGCUAGCACCAUGCGUCUUGUUUCACUGAAUGACUGUGUUUACUGUAAACGCUCUCUCCGUCUCUGUAUGUGGACGUUUGUGAGGUGAGGAUGUGUAGUUGUCUUUGAGCACUGACUGACUGUUUGAUGUCAAUGAGCGUGCUGUGAUGUUUCUAGCUGUUCUGUAGUUUAUAUUCCACUUUAUGCAUAACUUAAAUACAGUGUGUACCAGCAUCCUUCUAGUUCAGGACGAAAAAUAAAAAGCUA